AUGAUUCCUCCCCAUGACGACGCUCUUGAGAGCAAGAUCGCCGCACUCACGCAGUCUGUUCGGGCAAACCGAGAGUCGCUAGAUGAUGCGACGCGGUUCAGCGCGCUGAAGGCUGCGCGAGGCCUGGUUGAGGCUCUUGGGUCGCCGCCGGAAAAGGUGAUCCAGGAUGUGGUGUUGACCCCGGGACUGCUGAUGGCCCUCCGUAUGGGCGUCCAACUGGGAGCCUUCCAGGCCAUCCGCGACGGCCAGGGCAAAGGAACCACCACAGAAGAAAUUGCGGAAAAAUCCGGAGCGAGUGUUUUGGUUGUCGACCAGAUCUUGAGGCUGCUCUCCGCCUCCGGGUAUGUGCUGGAGACCGCCGUCCAGACAUACCAACCGUCUCCUCUCACCAUGGUGAUGGCAGACCCGACUCUGGAAGCCACCACCAGAGCAUGCUUUGACAUAGGCAACUUUUGCACCACCUAUGCUCCGGAAUAUUUCCGGAAGAACAACAAUCAAUUCCCACCUUCCGCGGAAGAUACGCCCUUCCAACUGGCCAAAAACACUGACCUCAACUACUUCCAUUGGUUGGGCCAAAACCCUUCUCUAGCAAAAGACUUCCAGCAAUGGAUGGCACUAAAGCAGCGCUCGACCCCGAACUGGGUGGAUUGGUUUGAUGUGCAUGGCACCAUCCUCGACGGGGUACGAACUCACCCUAACGACGUCUUGCUUGUUGACAUAGGCGGCGGUGAAGGCCACUACCUCCAUGCGUUCAAUGACAGGUUCCCGGAUGCGCCAGGUCGUCGUAUCCUGCAGGACUUGCCCCAGGUGGUCUCCGAUCCGAAGGCCGCUCCAACGGGUACUGAGCUGAUGGCUUAUGAUUUCUUCACUCCUCAGCCCGUAAAAGGAGCUCGCGCAUAUUAUAUGCACUGGAUUCUUCACGACUGGCGCGACAAACAAGCCCGCGAUAUCCUCAGCACUAUCGUGGCCGCCAUGGAGCCAGGUUACUCUCGUCUGAUCAUCAACGACCAAAUCAUCCCUGACAGAGAUUGUGAUUUCGCCACCGCUUGUAUUAGCAUCAUGAUGAUGGUCCAGGUCGGCGCCUUCGAGCGAACGGAGAAGCAAUGGCGUGCUCUGCUGACGUCCGUUGGCUUGAAAGAUCUCUCCUUCCACCAGCCUCCAGGUAGCGGCGAGGGAAUCAUUAUCGCUACGAAGGCAUGA